AUGGAUUUUGGUAAAUUACUCACCGUCGCUCAGAAAAACAGCUCUGUCAAACAGAAUGUCUCGUAUUAUCCAACGAAAUUUACGCCACCAAAAAAGGAAACGAAGCAGUCAAAAAAUCUGACAGAAGGUAUUAAAAAGUUUCUGGCUCGUAAGGAAGAAGAAGAGAGACAGAAACUAUUGGAGGAAAAACGUAAAAAAGAGAAUUUAUUGUCGAUGAGAGAUCAGAAAGUGCAGAACAAAAUUAAUAAACAUUUGAAAGUAUCUAAAGCUGCUAAUAAGUCGGUGUUAUUGGAUGCUGUUAAUCAUAAAGAUACUGCUAUCACUCUUGCUGGUCCAUCUCAGCCAGACGAAGAUGAUUACGGCUACGUAUCCCAAGAAGCCUCUGCAUUUUAUGACAAAUUAAUGAACAAAUAUCAAAGUCUGCCUUCAGAGAAGCCAUGGUUUAGCGACAGCGGUAAAAAAGUUGUGAAAGACAUUGCUUCAACUAAAGACCGAGUAAAGCAAGCGCUGAAACAGCAAGAAUUAGAAGCAUCACUGCCCCAUAGACGUAAGAGAAAGUCCGAAGCCAGCCGGGAUGACCGGGAGUCUCAAGAUAGCUCCAAUGAGCGGGACAAUCAUAAUCAUAGUAGCAAUAAUAGCAAUACUGAGGAAGAAAAACCGAAGCCUAAAAAACGUCCACUGCCACCACCAAUUGAUUUUAUGUCUCUAUUAAAGAUAGCCGAGCAAAAGCAGCAUGAGCCGAUAGUAAUCGAACCCAAGCCCAAGCCCAAGGAAGAGGUCGAGCGACCAAUGACCAAGAAGCAGAGGAUUGAGUACCAGAAGGAAAAGGAGUAUUGGGACAGGCGCGAACGCCAAAAGAACGGUGACUACAAACCGUCUCCCUCUAGUUCUGCUGAAAAAGACAAGAGUUCUGUAAAAAGUUCCACGUCGUCGACGGGGAAAAUUCCGAAGGUUAAUGGCGCAAAGGUACCGAGCGUUAAAAACGAUCGUCCUCCAGAGAAAGAAAAAACUGACAAAACUCCAGUUAAAUUGGCUCCUUCUCCGAAAAAAAUUCCUGAUAAAAAAGUCAGUGAAAAAUCUUCGAGCAGCAAACCAAAUUUGGAUCUUGAUGUGGAGGAAGCGGAACGGAAAAUCAAUGCUGAGAUACGCAAGCUCGAAAAUGCCAAACGAGCAUUAAAAGAACAACAAGAGAGAAACUUAAAGAAGAAAGCUGAGGAACGUGAUAAUAACACGAGUGUAAAUAAAAGUAACGGUGUAAAUAAAAAUAAUGGUAAUAAUUUAAAGAAUAGUAGUGUUACUAGUAGUAGUGUUAGCAGCGGUGAUGGAAAAAAAUUAAAUGGUAAAGAUGAUAGAAAUGGUAAAUUAAAGCCUGAGAAGCGCGUCGAUGGAAAAACAGGUAAAUUUCCACCAGACGUCAGACCGCGAGUUUCAGGCGACGUUAAGUCGAGACAGUUUCCACCCGCUGACGUCAAGCCGAGGCAGUUUCCACCUGCUGACGUUAAGCCAAGGCAAUUUCCACCCCCAGAUGUCAGACCGAGGCAAUUUCCACCGCCCGAUGUUAGGAAAAACGGGAGCAAAUUACAGGUCAAUAAAAGAAGAAUUCUUGAUGAUGAGGAAGAAUAUGACUCAGAGCUGGAUGAUUUUAUUGAUGAUGAUCCGCAUGAUGGUUCUGAGGAUUAUAGUAAAUACAUAAGUGAGAUAUUUGGGUAUGAUAAGAGUAAAUAUGCGAACUUUGAUGAUGAAGAUGAUAAUAUGGAGAGCAAUUACGCUCAGCAAUUGAGGGAGGAAUUUGUGUCCACUAAAAUUGGUAUAAUGGAAGAUUUGGAGGAUAUUAGACAAGAAAAUUUGGAAAAGAAACGUAAGGCUAUGAUGAUGAAGAAAACGAGAAAAAAAUAA